AUUUAGAAAAAUAAGAUACAAACAAAGGACAUAUGGCGUAAACGAUGUGAACAUAUGUAUUUGGUAGCGCAAGUUUGGGAAUAAGUAAUAUACGUUUUUUUCCAUUUAUCUUCACGUGGUAAAAUGGGAGAUUUAGUUCGAAAUUAGCUGGAUUUGUAACAACGAAGAGUUUAAACCCAUGUUGGAAAAUAAGUUAGAUUACGUGGUAAAGCUUAAUUGGAAAACAAAAUAUAAAGCCCUCGCAAGGUUAUAGAAUAUUAUAUCGGUAACAAGUUACACAUGUCUCGAGACACUUCAAAGUAGAAAGCUGUUGAAUAUAUAGCAAUCGGAUGCAAGACAAAAUCACAACAACAUACUACGAUGACAUUGGUUACACUGGUACGUUUAAGUAAAAUGACACCAAAAUGGGGAUGGUAUCGUGUCAUUGCUGUUGUGUUGCUGUUUUUACGUCACGUACAAGGCAUAGCGCCGGGAAGUGACACCUCCUUGAUAUAUUUCGCUGCCUUCGAGGACCGGAUGCUCCCCGGCGCCACCCAUAGGCUGUCACCGCCUCUCCAAAUUAGCAUCAGCUACUGCGCCGACAUCUGCCGCCUCUCCGCCAUAUUGGCCUCCAACAGCCUCCUGUCGACGCUCGAACUCGACUUCCGGCAGUUGGUCCGCGAGGACUCUGACGUCAUAAAUGGCACGUCAGUUUGUCGUGGUUUUAUGUACAUUCGAAGUUCGUCCGUCUGUAUACACGUUAAAGGACAAUUGGACGAACGCUGGGAUGUUUUUGCAGAUUUGAAACAGGCGAAAGAUACGAUUUACUACGAGCACAGUAAAGACUCCAAAAACCUUUUUGAAUCCUACAAAAACAGUAUUCUGGGCGACAAAGACGCAUAUCAGCGCGUGAUUAACAACGUCACAAUGGAAGCAUGCGCGGGCGAGUGCACGCUUUCCUCGGGCGCCUCGUGCAAUUCGUUCGCGUACAGCAAGAAUAUGAGCACGUGCGGGCUGAGUAAAAUCAUCGCCUCUAACGUUAGUGGUUUGAUGCCUGUGGAGGAGUACAGCUAUUUUCUGUACAAUGGAAAUUGGCCAUGUAAUGUGACGCUAAAUUAUAAGUACGAACCAAGAGUGAUUGCUUCACAAUCUUACCCAUACGUCAACGCUAACAACGUCACCUGCCAUUUCACCAUCAUAGCGCCGCCUUCACAAAUGGUCGUUUUGCACGUGCGGAAGUUCUUCAUCACCAGUCGUGAAUGCAAACCGGAAAUGAAUAGCGUGACGAUUUUUGAAACCAACAACGCAAACGCAACGGAAUCUAGAAUUAAGGAAGGCAAUGAAAUCGGGAAGCUAUGCAGUGAAGAUCAAAUAUCAGACAAUUUGGUGUUAUCGUCAUCUACGGAUGUGUACGUUGUUAUCCGCCAAAGCCUCGAUGCUAUGGCAACACGGAUAACAUAUCACUUCGCAAAUGCAUCGUCAUGUACCGUUAACCCGUGUAUGAACGCUGGAUCAUGUCGUGAGGACCAUAACGCAUCAUAUCGAUGUUACUGUCAGCCUGGCUACACUGGCCUAAACUGCCAAUCAAGACUCAGCGUGUGUGAUUCCAAACCGUGUCUUUUCGGUGGCCAGUGUAUAGCUACAGAAGAUUCAUUCUUAUGUCAGUGCCCCAGAGGUCUAACCGGGACGAUAUGUGAUUAUUUCACCGGGGCCUGUUACAGUGGUCCCUGUUAUAACAAUGGAACGUGCGCACCCCUCGGUUCAAGUUACACGUGUGUAUGUCAGAGGGGAUUUACUGGUAGACGUUGCGAGUAUGACAUAAACGAAUGUUUCAGCAGUCCCUGUGUGCACGGAAAGUGUAUUGAUCACCUCAACCGGUAUGAAUGUGAAUGCGAUGAUGCAUUUGAUGGAAGAAACUGUGACCAAGAUAAGACUUUAUCUCACUGUGACGUAUUUAACUGCAGAUUCGGUACAUGCGCAUUUAACGCAACAGGGAAGUUUUGUCAAUGCUUUCCGGGAUUUAAGGGUGACACGUGUAACGAUGAUAUAGACGACUGUUCGGGAAAUCCUUGCGCACAUGGCUCAUGUGUUGACCACGUGAACUCAUUUGAAUGUAAGUGUCACACUGGAUUCGUAGGAAAGCAUUGUGACAUCCCCAGCGACGAUCCAUGUCGCUAUAACCCAUGUCGUAAAGGGCAUUGUUCUUUUAAGAAUGGCAGCUUUGAGUGCAAGUGUGAACCUGGGUUCACCGGAUCGCAGUGCGAAACACCAUUGACAAAGUGUGACUACAUGUGCACAAACGGCUUUUGUUUGAACAGGUUCGAGUUUGAACCCACUUGUUUCUGUUUUGAGGGAUUUAUGGGGCAAUAUUGUGAGGAACGAUGCACAAAUGGAAAGUGUCCGUCUCAUCAUGAGAUGAAUAGUACAUCUUUCAAUCCAAACCGCAGUUCAAAUAUAUUUACAAGUAAUAACGCUGUUACAAAAGUUGAUAUUAACACAGUUUCAUUGCCUUUAAAGCCAACAAUUUCAGUAGAUGACAUAAUACUGAAAAGUUCUAUGCAAUCCCAGUUUGAAAUCCCCGCAAGCCAAAGUGAUUUGACUAGAAUUGAAACUAUGACAAUAUUAGGAGGAUCUUCAUCACGAGAGAAGCCGAGAACACAGGUUUUAACUUAUGAUCAGAACCCCGUCAUUUCCCAUAUAGAUACAACACCGGAUACAUACAUUACAGAAAGGCAAUCGUAUGGAGGAAACGCGCAUGUGCAAUCCAGUGCACACAUUUUGGAACCAAAUUUAAUGUUAACAUCAACACAUACAGUUUAUUCGCACUCGUACAAAUCCGAAUCUCUAAAAGCGACAGAUAUAUCCGCAUCAAAAAGUGAUAUGAUCACAUCAUCAAAAUUACUUUGGUCGGUCAAAACACUAGAUCACACCGACAAUGUCGUUACCAUCCUUACAACGCCAUACACCUUCAAGACAUCUACAGAAAUCGCCCCAACACCUGUGACAGGAACAGAUGAUGCAUAUACAGAUUAUAAUCAGAAUAUUGUGGAGACAAUUAAUGUGACACACAUAACAAGCAUCUCGACAACAACUUUUCCUGAUUCCUUUUCGAAUAGAAAUCAAGAUCUGAAAAUGCAAUCCCGAAUGACUGAUGCAGAAAUAGGGUCGUUCACUGCUAUACCAAAAUCUGUCAAUGUUGUACCCGACGAUGGUUCAAAAGGACAUCCGAUGUUGUAUACAAUUUAUUCCAUGAACGUUGCGGUUCCCAACUAUACGGAUUUUGCUUCCACCGAGCCACAACUACAUACGACGGAAUAUAAAACAACAAUUAAUGCACAACCGCCAUUAGCAUCUACUCAAGCAACUUCCCAAGAUACUGGUGAGGACAUGUCGGACUUAGUCAAGAUAGAGUCUGUCCUGUUAGGAACGCUGUUCUUAGUCUUGGUGAUAGUUGUCGUGGGAGGGGCAUGCGUCAUGUAUAGGCAAAGACACAGAGGGGCGGUUUACCUCGGGUCGCAGGAGCCGCCUGUAUGGAACAACACCUUUCCGGUUUCCGGCAGGCAGCAGGAUACAGCUCUGAAGAAGAGAUGCUCGUCCCGGGACAUACACAAAGACUAUAUGCAGGGAAAUCAUAUAACGACACCUGCCGUUGCCAAUGGUUACUACAGACGUGGUUACGAAGAUCUGUCACCAGACGACGACGCUGAUGACGAAUCGUCUGCGUCAAAAAGUUCAAUCGACGGGUACAGUACCGGGGUAAUGCCAGUGGUCCGCAUUGGGAAGCCUGUCUCUGGACAGAUCGUCAGCAAUGGGCUGCCACACGUGUCACAUAGGAAGGCGCAUCCAGGUACGGAUCAUUAUGUGACAACUCCUGUAAUACGAAUACAAAAACCGGAACCAGGUCAGAUUGUUUCUUAUGGAACGACCUUGAAGGAAAGCAAAUACCGGAAGCAACGUCAGAGAUCUAGACCCCCUGUUUACUCCAAACCCAUCAGGCGGAUGUGCUCGGACGACUCAAGUGAACACACUUCAUCUGAACAAGAGGAUUGCAUAUAUUCGGUCCCGUACCUUAGUCGCCAACCAAACCGGUCGGCAGAUGACAAGUCGCAAAUACAUUAUGACGUCAUAGAGACUCCAGUUGUUAUGAUCUCGAAACCAGUGCCCGGUCAACUUAUCACUUGGGAUUCUCGUAACUAUGACGACUCUGCAUAUGGCGGGCAACAACUCAGUGUAGAGAAUCAUACCAUUGGUCACGAUUCUAAAGGAGACGAUAACCCGGCUGAUCAACGAAGUUUGAAAGAAAUUAGCCCAAACAAGGAAACACCAUUACAUCCGGUGCGUUUAGAGUCACAAACGGCGCCCAACAGUGUUCCCCAUAGCACGUGUUCGUCAAAUCCGUUCUUCAAGCAAAACGACGGGUCACUUGGUCUGCGACUUUCAAAUACAUACCACAGAUGGAGCGAAGGAGAUCUGGACGACCUGCUGGAUGAAAUGAUGGAGAGUGAGAACUUUAAUCCAUACUCCAGGUCUAGAGACACGUACGUUGAAUGGGUAAAAUAGUAACGCAGUGCACAUCAUCAGCGGAGUCGAAUUCGGAAAAAGCGAAGCAUAGUCGAAAAGGCUUCCGAUAGAAGAUUGUUUCAUAUGUGAAUGUGUUCAAAGACAAAAUAGACAAUUACAUCAAUAUGGCAAAACUCAAUAAGGAUUUAGGAACGUGCAAAUGUUUACAUCGAGUUUAUAAUUAUUUGUAUGUGGGGCGAUUAUAUAUAAUAAACAGUUUUGAUUUCGGUUA